GUUUGAGAGGGAAAAAACGAAACGGAAAACAGAGAGAAAAUUUGUUUCAUUAUCAGUUAGCAAUUACAAAGCUCCGAAAAUGAGCAGUUUCUCGUUCAAGAGCUUCUCGUGGAAGAAAUCGAAAUCGUCGAAAUCGUCGAAAUCGGAUUCCGGUCAUUCUUUCUCGUCGGAAGAGGAGAGGUUUCUGACGGAGAAUAUGGGAACUGUGAGAGUGCCGGAGAUUGUUCCUUCUCCCGCCGACGACUGCGAUACUCUCAAGAAAGCUUUCGAUGGAUGGGGAACCGAUGAGAAAGCCUUGAUAAGGAUAUUAGGACAAAGAAAUGCUGCCCAGAGGAAAGCAAUUAGAGAGACUUAUUUCGAGCUCUACAAUGAGUCCCUCAUUGAUCGCAUCAAUUCUGAACUCUCUGGUGAUUUUAGAAAAGCGGCGGUUUUGUGGGCAUAUGAUCCUGCUGAGAGGGAUGCAAGAAUGGCACAUGAAGCUUUGAGGUCAUACAAGAAAGGCAUCCAUGAGAUUCAAGUAUUAGUGGAGAUUGCCUGUGCCACAUCCCCUCACCAUCUGAUGGCAGUAAGGCAGGCCUACUGUUCUCUCUAUGAUUGCUCGCUUGAAGAAGACAUUUUCUCAACCGUCUCCAUGCCCCUUAGGAAGCUUCUAGUUGGUUUGGUGAGUUCCUUCAGGCAUGAUAAAGAGGUGGUGGAAAGUUUCGUUGCCGAUUCAGAAGCAGAUUUAUUACACGAUGCUAUCAAAGUGAAGCAAAUCAACCGCAACGGCGUCAUUUGGAUACUCAGCACAAGGAAUUUCUUUCAACUUAGAGCAACCUUUGCAUGCUAUAAGCAAAAGUAUGGAAACCCGAUUGAUCAGGACAUUAUGAAAUGUGGAACCAGUGAUUUAGAAUCUCUCUUCAAAAUGGCCGUCUGGUGCAUUGACAGUCCUGAAAAACACUUUGCAAAGGUAAUCAACAAGGCCAUUGUUGGGCUUGGUACGGAUGAAGAUUCUCUAACCCGAGCCAUCGUAAGUCGAGCAGAGAUAGACACAAUGAAAAUUAGAGAGGAGUAUUCGAAGAUGUUCAAAAGCAACCUCGAGAAAGACGUGAUUGGUGACACAUCUGGGGACUACAAGGACAUGUUGAUGAUCUUACUUGGAGCUAAAGUUUGAUUCUUCUUCCCAACUUCUCUUUGCUUCUUUCUUGCCUUUCUCUUUCUCACUGCAAAUUCCUUGUUUGGCUUUGUUGAGUGUUACUGUAGGCCUUUGAAUGAACUAACCUCUUCAUAUUUGUAUAUACGUUUGGAAGAUUGAUUUUUUA